AAACAAAAAAAAAAAAAAAUAAAAUAAAAAAACGACAUGAAAGAUAUACGCAGCAUUCUCUCUCCUUUUUCUUCCUCUUGAAUAAAACAACGAAAAACGGCUAAAAAGGAGCUGCGAUACUUUUUCUAAUACGCAACGACCUAUCGUUUGAACAUAACAAGAGCAUCAACGUGUUUGCUAUGGAAGAGCUAGGGUUUUCUAGCAGCAGCAACAACAACAACAGCAACAACAACAACAACAACAGAUUGACUCUCCAAAGCAAUGCCCCUUUUCCAUGCUUUUGGAUCUUUAAAUUCCUAUGCGAAGAGGAGGAACCUUUACCUGGUUCACCAGCACAAACCUCAAAAUCACCAACAGGUUUUCAAACACAGCUUAUUUUAUGUACAAGUGUAGGAUUGUUAUGUUUUCUUCUCUUCUGUUUCUUGCGUGUGAGAUGGAGUGCUAUUUACUCGCCUCGGUUAAGGAUGAGAAAACAUGCACCCAACCGAUUACCUACAUCCUUCUUUGGUUGGAUUAUACCCCUUCUGAAAACACCCAAUUCGGUAGUGAUGGAAAAAGUAGGACUUGACGCGGUUGUGAUGUUGCAAUUUUUAUUGAUGAGUGUCAAGCUGUUUAGUUUUUGUGGUUUUUUUGGUACCGUUGUAUUAUAUCCUAUCAGUAAGAUGGGCGGUGAUAUUGCCAACGGAACUUAUCCUGAAACCCCUUCUCUGCCACCACCGUCAAGCAACGGUACACAACAACAGCUAGGAGUCCUUCGUCAGUUCGCACUCCAACACGAACACUUUUUUGCCAGCCUCUCUACGACGACUAAUGAUAACAGCAGCAAUAGUAGUUACCUGUCCUAUUCCAAUUCGUUUUUGUGGGUCUACUUGUUCUUCACCUACCUGUUCGUAUUUGCUACCUUCUACUUUACCUUUUUGAAUUAUCGAGAUUAUGUGCGCAUUCGACGCGAAUUCCUGUUAAGGAAAGCAAAGACAGUCUCUGCCCGGACACUGCUCGUCACAGGUAUUCCACCUCCAUUGCGACACGAUCGAAAACUAGCUGAAUAUUUCGAAAAGUUGGGCAUUGGCGUCGUGGAAUCGGUUCAUACCAUUCGUCAUGUCGGUCGUUUAUUGGAAUACAUUAAAGAGAGAGCACAGUAUUUACGAUCGUUAGAGACGGCUUAUACAAACUAUUUGGGCAAUCCUUGUGACGAUCCCCAUUACGAUCCAGACGAUUUUCUAUCCGCUACAGAAGACAAUCCGCAUCAAGCCAUGCUAUUACACGAUACAGCUUCAAUGCAUUCCUCUUCGUCAGCUUCUUCACAACACCUGUUACCGACCCAUCAACAGUCUCGACAACGGCCGAUGAUUCGACAAGGAUAUCUCUGCAGUGGACCCAAGAUCGAUGCGAUUGAUUAUUAUACACAAAGGUUCAAACGAGCCGAUACCAUCGUCCUUGAUGGUCGUAAGAGGGGCUAUUAUACACCCACAAGCGUAGGCUUUGUUACUUUUGAAGAAACCAUGAGUGCCUAUAUUGCUUCUCAGGUUCUCAUUGAUUCCACACCCUUUCGUUUACGUGCACAAUUGGCUCCCGAGCCCAGAGACGUCUUGUGGGAAAAUAUAUCGAUGCACGGAAGAGAGAGAGUGAUUCGCAGAGCACUGGUUCUGUUUAUUUUACUCUUCCUUGUCUUUUCUUGGUCUAUUCCUUGUAGCUUUUUGUCAGCCCUCACUUCGCAAAAAUCAUUGAAAGCCUACUUUCCCUGGUUGCUGGAUUUGGCAGAGAAAAACAAGAUUUUGAAGCAAAUUGUCGCUGGUUUUAUUCCAACGUUGGGUGUUGUGAUCUUUUUUUCUAUUCUGCCCAUGGUAUUCAACAGUUUGAGUGUCAUUGAAGGCUUCACAACGAGAAGUGAAGCUGAAGAAUCAUGCUUUGCCAAGCAGUUUUUUUUUCUCUUUGCCAACGUAUUAUUCUUCAUCACUGUGGCAAGCACAUUGUUCAAAUCGCAAAAGGAUAUCUUUGAAGAUCCCACAAAAAUCGCCAACAUUUUCGCCUCCAAACUCCCUGAAGUCGCGCCAUUUUACAUCAAUUAUACAGUGCUGCAAGGCAUCAUGUUAUGUCCUAUUCAGUUACUACAAAUAGGUCCUAUUAUUGUCCAGCAAUUUUAUCGUUGGUUCCUGUGCAAAACGCCUCGAGAUUAUGCAGAAGUGUUUGCACCUCGUUUGUAUAAUUUUGGUUGGGGAUAUCCUGUGCCUGUCUUUAUGUUUGUCGUUAUUCUUGUCUACUCGACCAUCUCCCCUUUGAUCCUUGUCUUUGGGGUGAUCUAUUUCGCCAUGUCUUAUUUGGUUUGUAAAUACCAAUUACUGUACGUUUAUUUUCAUUCUUACGAAGUGGCAGGCAGAAUGUGGCCAUUGGUAUUUUCGCGUAUCAUCAUUGCUUUAUUGAUCUUUGAAUUAACAUCCGCUGGUUUGUUCAUCUUGAACAAAUCUUAUCCUUUGUCCGCUCUGUGCGUCCCGCUUAUCGUACUAACGGUGGCCUACAAGUUCAUGAUGGAUAAAGCUUAUCAAAGAAGCACCCAAUUUCUACCUCUCAAAUUGUUAUCGGAAAAAUUAGGUCCUAUGACCACUGUCGCGUCACAACCCUCUUUGAAUCAAGCCAUUUUGCAAGACCCAUCAUCACCACCACCACCACCACCGCAAGAAAGAGAACAUCUGAAGGAGGACGAUGACGAGGAGGAGGAGGAGGAGGAAGAGGAAGAGGAAAGAGAAGAAGCAGUAAAAGAUGGAAGAAGUAGUAGUCCUUCGACUGUUGUAUAUGACGACGCUGCUAAUGGUAAUCUUCAUCCAUUAAUAAAUGCAAAGAAAGAACAGCUGCGACAAUCCAUUCUUGACAUUAAAGAAGCAAAUGUAGAAGAACAAGAAGAAAGUACAAAGCCAACUGCAUCUGCAACAGAUCGAGUCAUAGCCGAUUGCACUACAGUGAUUGAAAAUGAACAACAACAACAACAGCAACAACAACAACAACAGCAACGACAACGACGACGACGUACGGUUUUAGAUGAGGAUGAUUAUGUAGCCGAGCCUAGACGACAUACAGACUUUAGAGAACCUCCCAUGACUAUUUUGACCGGUAUUCUAAAUACCGGCAUGAAGCAAUAUGGGCAUCCUGCCCUUUUAGGUGUUUUGCCUCAGCUCUGGUUACCUGUGAAAGCAGGUUACCAUAAGCAUCAUCAGCAUCAUUUGGAUAUAAAUGGAAGAGACAUGAGUCGUAGUCACGGCUCUUCUGCUGCCUCUUUUACUUCGUCCUCUUCAGGUUCAGCGGCUUCUCCUCCUUUCUAUAAAAGGCGGCAAUUAGCUCAACAACAACUGCAGCAGCAACAACAUCAAAGAGAGGCGUUAGAUUCGAACGAAAACCAGCCUCUGUUAAGUCAACAAUCCGUUAAACCCAAUACCGUACAUGAUAAUACCAAGGUGAAUAGUAAGAGAAAAAGUUUGGGUUAUCCUAUUUCGGAUGAAGGUCAUGAAGAAGAACAGGAUAAUACUCGAACAUACUAUCAUCACCCUGAAAGAAGGCUGUCGAGGCUGCUAAGUAGAAGCUAUGGAGCCACUUCAAAUAUACCAAACGCUGGUACUGCUGCAUCUCCAAAAUAAUAAAAUAGGUACUAGGACUAUCUCUGUAUCAAAAUGUCCAACGAUACGAUACGAUAUGUUAUGUUAUACUAUACUAUAUUAUGUUGUAUUAUCCUAUGAUAGUGUACUUUUUUACAAUAUACCCUGAUUACACAUACGCAUACAUGCAUGGUUUAUUAAUCUGGAAUCAAAAAUAAGGAGUUUCAUGUUUACACAGUGCUUUUAACAGGCAUUGUUUGCCACAAACUCAAAUGAACGUCAAAGGGUAAUGUCAAAUCCAAAUGGCACAUUUCACUUGGGAACAUUUACAUUUGUAACGCGAGU